AUGAAUCGGUUCAAAAGUUGGCUAUAUUGCACGACAAUUUUGUUGUCGUUAACAUCGACAUUCGCUGAAAGAUGGUCCCGACAAGUUCCCGCACACGGCUUUUUGGCGCAUCAAGUAAACGAUUGGAUUCCCGUUCAAUCGUCUCAAUUCACGGGAGAUCGUACUUCAAGAUUCGCUCAAUUCCCAACUUCAUCAAAUGCUUUUGGGGUUUCGAGUUUUGCAGCGCCUGCUCAAGCACAAUAUAAUCCCUUUACAACGAGUCAAAAGUUUGGAUUUGGAGCUCCGCAAGCUCAGCCUUUGUUACAGCAGCAACAAUCGCAGGUUUUGACUCCGCAGCAACUUCAAAGUGUCGAAGGCGGCGUACCAACAGGUCAAGAAGCUCCCGUUGAACUUUUGUACGUUCCUUUGGAAACGUUGCAAAAGCAAGGAUUUCAAGGAGGAAAUCAAAACAGAUAUUCAGUUGUUCCUCCAAAUGUCAAUGCUGCGUUGAUUAACAACUUUUAUGAAUCAGGAACAGUUGAACCUGUGAGCAAAAGUCGUUUUGCACAACCAAUUACGACAACAACUUCAAGGCCAGUAACUGAACGACACAAUCCCUUCCAUUCAUCGUCGACUGUGACAAAAGCAACUUUGAAACCAUACCAACCUCCAUUGGCGAUGUUCUUGUUGAGCGAAGGAAAUAAUCGUGCAUCCAUCAAUGAUGUUUUGUCAGUAUUGAAGAGUGCAAACACGAUUGAUGUUUUGGAUUCUCCGAGCGAUAAACGCCCAACUGUUUUCAUUGGUCCUUCUGAUAUGACUCCUCCCGCAGGAUAUUCAAAGUUUGAACUUCCAUAUCUCUCACAUUUGGAUUCUCAACGUACAGGAAGAAAAAUCGAAAACUUACCUUUCUUCGUUGCUCCAUUAAGUUAUCAUACUCCUGAAGGCUUUGGUAAGAUUCCAUUGCCUGCUCCUCAUGUUGGAUCAGUUGUUGUCAAUACUCCAUUGAGCAAUAAACACGAAGAUGGACAAUAUUUCGGUCAAAAUCAACUUCAUCAAGGUUCACAAAGCAGCAAAUUCGGCUUCAAUUCUCAAGAUAAAUUCAAUACGCCUCAAUUUGUGAGUUCAACUGUCGCUCCUUCAGCUGGAAAUCGUUUCAACAGCAAUCAUUUCGGCGCAUCAUCAACUGCUGGACCAUCUUCAACAGGUCGUCCUGUUACAUCUCGCCCAAGUACAACCUUCAAUGAUUUGCGUGAAGAACAUUUCAAUACGGAGAAACAACGUGUACCUGUGAAUCGUCAUCCUCAGCAACAAUCUUUCAAUCAAUUCUCAAGUUCUCAACCGACGAAGCAACGACAUCAACCAACUUCAAGACCAACACAAUAUCACGAAGAAGUUACGGAAACUCCAUUACCUGAAACGCAAUUUGUCAGUUUUGAAGCAAGUACAACGCCAAAACCAACGCAUCAUCGCAGACCAACUUCAGCUCAAACUGCCCAAUCUUCGAUUUCAUACCAAACUGCUCCGAAUCGUCAACCAUCAUCGCAUUCACAAUUCUUUGAAGAGAGUUUCGGACAAUCGCCAUCAACUACUUCAAGACCAUCAACGAGCUUCUUCUCAGGAUUCGCAUCACAAAAUCCCUUCAGUGAUCAACAAUUCGUUCACAAGUUCAAGUUAGUUGACAGUGUCAAACCAAGCAUUGGUUCAAAGGAUGAUUUCUUCAAUAGUUUCAAUAACAAUCCUUUCCCUGGAUUCGGAAAUGGUUACAGCACUAUUAAAGCUUUCAGUCCUCCGCCAGCGCCUGCUCAACAAACAUUCAAACAACAACAGCAAUCUUUCCCAUCAAGUACUGCACGCCCAACGAAUAAACGACCAACGCCAUCUUCAACAACUUUCCAAUUUACGCCAUCUUCCGUUCGACCUGUAAACGAAGAAAUUGACGUUACAACCGUUGAACCUGUGAGUUCGUUCAGUCCAACAUCAUCCGUUUUCCAAUCAACAUUCGACUUUAAUGGACAAUCUCCGGCAAACAUUCAUCAACAAAAUAUUUUGGAAACGACAAAGUUAAGUUAUGAUCCUUACAAGGUUCCAAGCACGGAGAAAUCUGUUCCUGUUCGUAAUGGAAACAGCAAUUAUCGUCAACAAAGUAGCAAAGCUCCUUUGCCAUCAACUGAUGCUCCGCAAAACUUUGCCUUCCAAAGUAGUCGUCGUCCUCAGCAACAGCAACCAGCAUUCAAUGAUGCUACUUUCGUGAAUCGCUUCAAUAAUCAACAAUUCGCUUCAAGACCUUCUUCAUCUUCAACUACUGAUGAUUUCACAUCAACUUCAUUCGGGCAUCCAACUCAAAGUCGCCCAACGAAAACUCAUGAACAACCUCAAUCGACGUUCUUCAGUUCAGAAGACUUCACUUCAACUCGAACUCGCCCAAGUACAACUGCUCGUCCUCAAUCUCAAGCAACUCGUACCCAACAACAUCAUCGCGGAUCUCACAAUAGAGGCACUCGCCCUACCAAUAUCGUUACUGAAGGCAACUAUUUCCGUGAUGAACAAGAACAAUUCAGUCGAAGACCAACUGAGAGACCUUCUUCGCCAUCUCCUCGCCCAACGACAACGACUACAGUUCGUCCUCAAGAACUUUCGUAUGAAGUUACGGGAGCUCCUGAAGUCAAUGUUGAAAACAAUAAUGUUCAUGAAGUUCAAAAAGAUCACAUUCAAUUGAUUUCGCAUCAAAACUCCGUUUCUGAACCAAAUUUAUAUGAAAAUCCUUCAGAAGCGCCUGUUUUGUCAACUGAUGCUCCAACGUACAAUACUCCCAAUGAUUUGCCUGCAAUUAGUCCCAUGUUGCCUGGUUUGAUCAAUUCUUUGACUGAUGACAAAUGGAUGGAGCAAAAGGAAGAAGUUACAACGACAACUACGACAACAACUCGUCCCUUCAUUCGCGGAAGACGACCAUUGCCCGGAAGAAAUCGUGAUGCUGCUUCGUCAACAACUCGUUCUCAAUCCUCUUCAAGUGAAGUUCAAACAUCAACAAGAACUGGCGGAACACGUGCUCGUCGUCCUUUGACCACAACGCGGUUCAAUAAGACAUCAACAGCUGCUGAAACUACAGGAUCUUCCGCAUCUUCUUCAUCUUUGCCAUCAACAACUGCAUCUCGUGCUCAAGCAGUACGCAAUAAUCGAGUUCGUUACAAUCCCACGAAUGAAGAACGUCAACGUUUGAGAUCUCGUGUUCGUCCUUCGGUAUCUUCAAAACCUGUUGCAUCGGAAAAAGACGAGUCAAUUGAUUACCAACGUGAUGUUUUGAACCAAAAUUAUCCUUCGAUCAAACCUCGAGUCACACAAGCUCCGGUAACGACAACUUUCGUUCCAUCUACGACAACAACGACGGAAAUUCCAACUCGUGAAACUGAAGUUGAACAAGAAAAUGCUGUUUUAACUGCUCAAGAAGUGUAUCAACAGGAAAAUGUUCCAUCGAAUCAUGCGACAAACUAUCGCGGCGAACAAGAACAUGUCGUUGAUCCAACUCGCAAAUACCCCGGAUUGUUCAAUGGAUUGCAAGAAGAGAUGAUUUUGCCGGAAGAACAUCGCACGACGUUAUACGAAGAGCAAGAAAUCGCCACGGAACCCGUUUUCGAUCAACGUAAAUCCAUUUUCAAGCAAAAAGCGCGUUUGAAUCCCGUUUUUACAACUGCUCGACCCUCAAGUCGUCUCACAACGACGACAGAAUCGCCUUCGGUUGAAACAACAACUGUCGCUGGAGGACGUCGUCGUGCUCAAUUCCCCCGUCGUCAACGCCCGACAACGACGCAACAACCAACAACGGAAGGAAAUGGCGAUGAACCAACUGCCAAGCCAAUUCGACAUCAACCCGCACGCGGAGGACUUCGUCUUCGUGAACGACGCCCCUUGAAUGGAGAAACAACAACGACAUUAGCUCCGCCAACGGAAGUCUCGUCACGUCGUUCUUUCCAAUCACGUGGGCAACAAAAUGACGUCGCCGAAGAAGGAAGUGUCACGUCGCGUCGUCAAAACUUCCCGUCGCGCGCAAAUGCUGAUCGUGAAUUGAAACGUCCUGUUGUUAAUGAUCCGACUUUGUCAGCGCGAGGACGUCAAAGAUCUCGUUUCCGUUUAGAGCAACAAGAGUCACAAUGGUCCAUACCGUCGAGAGUUACAGAUCAAGAUUCCUCCCAAGAGAAUGAUUUAAUUGACGAAAAUGAGCCCGAACUUGUCACUGAUGUACCGUCGACGGAGAAAGAAGAUAAUUCCGUCGUUGGCGAAUCUGAACCAUCUGAGGAGCGUAAAGUUGUCAAGAUUUUCAAAAGAAGACGUCCUGAAACAACCACAGAAGCUGAAGUCUCCGAAGAUGCCAAAGAAACAGAAACCGCCGAAGGUGAAAAGAAAACUGACUUAUUGAAAAAGGGCAAUGCUAAACGUCGCGGAUAUUGGAAGAAGGUUCGUGUUCGCCCAGUUGACACUUUUGAAACUGCCGAAUCGCAACACAUUGGCAAACAUUACUUGAACACUUUGAUUCCGGGACAACAAAAUCUCAACAAAUUCAAUAAUUUCGACAAAUCGACGCCAGUUGAAAAAACUCCCGUUGCUCAAGAAGAAGUUACAGCAACAACAAUCGCUCCCGAAGUCACGGAACAAGAAGUUAAAGAAUUGAACAAAGAUGAUGCCGUUCACAACAACAGCGAAGAAGAAGUUACGACGAUCGUUCCUGUCGCUCCCGAAGAAAAAGAAGAAAUUAUCACGACAAUUGCUCCCGAAACUGUUUCCGUUACCGAAGAUGACAGCAGCAUGUUUGACGAAGUUCUUAAAUCCGUGAAAGAUUUGUUCCGCAUGACUGACGAGGAAGAAGCUGAAGCUCAAGCUGCUCUUGCUGCGACUACAAUUCAACCUGAAACGGAAGAAAUUGCCGUAACAACAACGAUUCCCCAAGAAGAAGUUGUCGCUGAAACUACAAUUACGCCAACUGUCGAAGCUGUUGAAACGAGUGAAAAAAGCAAAUCGCCAUCAGACCCCAUGGGAUCUCUCGUACUUGCAACGUCGACAUCGCAACACGUCUCAGAGGAAACGGAAAUCUGCUAUCGAGGACGAUGCAUAAAGACAGACAAGAAAUUCGAAAAGAAAUAA